UUCCCGUAAGGUUUCCCGCCAUGUUCUUUUUCCUAACCCUUGGUCUUCCCAAUAAACCCUCUCUCUCUCUCUAAUUAGUAGAUGAAGCCAUUUUGAACAGAUCAUAGCGUGCGACAUUGAGAAGAAAGAAGAUGGGGAUUCAAGGGCUACUGCCGCUACUUAAAUCGAUAAUGGCGCCAAUCCACAUUAAGGACUUGGAGGGCACCUGCGUGGCGGUGGAUACCUACUCUUGGCUUCACAAAGGCGCCUUGUCCUGCAGCAAAGACCUCUGCAAAGGCAUACCCACCUCCAGGCACAUUGACUAUUGUAUGCAUCGAGUAAACCUGCUGCGGCAUUAUGGUGUUAAACCCAUUCUUGUAUUUGAUGGCGGACUUCUACCAAUGAAGAUUGAACAAGAGAACAAACGUGGAAGGGCGAGAAAGGAAAAUCUUGCACGUGCCAUUGAGCAUGAGUCCAACGGAAAUUCUGCUGCUGCUUAUGAUUGCUACCAAAAAGCUGUUGACAUUUCACCUUCAAUUGCACGUGAGCUAAUCCAGGUGUUAAAGCAAGAGAAUGUAUGUUAUGUGGUGGCUCCUUACGAGGCAGAUGCUCAAAUGACGUUCUUGGCUGUCAGCAAGCAGGUAGAAGCAGUAAUCACCGAGGACUCAGAUCUGAUACCAUUCGGAUGCCCCAGGAUUAUCUUUAAAAUGGAUAAAUUUGGGCAAGGAGUUGAGUUUCAGUAUUCCAUGCUACAUCGGAACAAGGACUUGAGUUUUUCUGGAUUCACAAAACAGAUGCUUCUGGAGGUGUGUAUUCUGAGUGGUUGUGACUAUUUACAGUCGUUGCCUGGAAUGGGACUGAAAAGGGCACACGCCCUCAUAAAAAAGUUCACAAGUUAUGAUAAGGUAAUUAAGCACCUAAAGUACAGUACUGCUUCAGUUCCUCCCCUAUAUGAAGAAUCAUUCAAGAAAGCAAUAUUGACCUUCCAGCAUCAACGGGUUUAUGAUCCCGUUUCUCAACAUAUUGUAUACUUGUCUGAAAUGUCUGAUCAUGUUGUGGAUGAUUUUGACUUCUUAGGACCAUCGAUAUCACAGCAUAUAGCUAAAGGUAUAGCAGAAGGUGAUAUUGAUCCAUUUACUAAAAUGCCAUUCCAGGAAAUGAACGUUAGUGCCGACAGAACUUACCAACCUAAAAAUGUCAAUCUUGGAAGGAUAAAUAAAAGGCUGGAUUUGCCUGUGCAGAAUAACCUCCUGACUAAAUAUUUUUGCUUUGCCUCUCUUGAAGCAAAGAGAAAAUUCACGGCUCCACGGAACUCACCUGAUUCUCCAAGUCCGGUUGACGACUCUUCUCUCAGUCCCAAUGAAAUUGCCUCUGCGGAUGAUGUUUCGUGUAAAACAAACUGCUCAGAGUCAUCCCUUCUUAACUCUGACAACAUGGGAAAUGAACCUCCCAGUGAUUCAGUAGAAGAUGAAUUCGACACUGAUGUCCCUGAUUCAAUAGAAUCUCAAAAUCAUGACAUGGUGCGCGUGAGACGAAGUCCAGAAAAUACAUUGUUGCAACAGCCCAGACAUUCUAUCCAUAAGCCUUGUGUAACGCUGCAUAGGGAGCGUGAAUGUAAGAAUGCCCCUGACACAGUUGAGGGUGGUAAGACAAGAACGGAGCACAGAAAGGUCAUUGUUAGGAGUUCUUAUUUCAAGGAUAAGUCAGUCAGUGAACACAAUCAGGAAAAGCGAUUGCUGAAGGAUGAUCUUGCUAUUGAUAUGCACAAGGAUGCAGUUCCUGAGAGUACUCAUUUUGAGAACAGCUAUUUUAAUGGAAAAGUCGCUAAAAGGAGAACCUCCCCACAUGACAAUGUUCAAGUGGAGAAUGUGAAACCCAAACCACUGUGUAUCAGUGCGUCCCUUCCUGAUGAUGGUCCCUGUGCAUCUAGCCUGAACAAGGCAGUUACAGACACAAAUGAAGAAGGAAAAUUCGCAUCCAAUAUUUCCCAUUUAGGCCGUUAUUCAGAUAUAGCAGAGAAAUCAGUGGAAAAUUUUGUAUCAGUAAUAUCAUCAUUUAGAUUUUCCUCGUCUGGUUCUCGUGCAAGUGGUCUUCGUGCUCCUUUGAAAGAUGUCCAAAACACCAGUACCAAUAGACCAACUGUUGUUGACUUCAGCAAAUUUGAAUAUAUACCAAGUAUUCAGAAAACUUCCGCAGCAUCACGCAAACGCUGUUUUAGACCUGUUUAAGCAAAACAGUGAGGCUGUGAGCAUCCAUGUGAUCCAUUUUUCAGUUAUAGUAAUUGCUCUAAAGACAAUUUUUCCAGGUGAGUGGGGAGGGAUUUUCAACUUGGCUUUCGUUUGUUUAUCUGCAAUUUUGUUAUGUGGUAGCAAUCACAGAUUCUUCGAAUGCUAAUUUUGGACUUGCGGGUGCAUUUGGUUAAUCUUCCAUCAGCGUUGUUCUUUGUUGUUUGUUGUUCUUGUAAUGUCAUUUAUAAGCUCUUUCGGAUUGCAUGGAAUACAAUUAUACACAAUGUUGUAACUGUUGUUCACAAUGUUGCAAUAUUGAUUCGUUAAACU